AUGUAUUGGGAUGUUGAGGUGUCGUGCGGCAAGUUCCAGGUCCUGAACGGCACCAUCCAGGAGGUAUACGCCGAGGCUCUUCGUCUCAACCCCGGCUUUUCCCUCCGGCACAAACCGGCGCCGAGAGGGCUGAACCAGAAGCGCAGCGAUGUCAGGUGCGGCAACUGGCCGCUCGCAAACAAGGGCCGCAUACAGGAGGGCAUCAAUUACCUGCGUACCGCACCGGCGGCUCCGCGCAACGGGCCAGGUCCGGGGAACUGUGGCCGCGUGAGCUGUUCCCACAACUCCGCCAUAUGGUGGUGCAACGAUAACACAGUGGCCAAGACUUUGGAUAGUUGGAACUGGGUUGCGGAUAGCGCGCAGCACAUUGUCAAUAAUUGCGCGGCGCGCGCGAGCCAUGUCUCGGGACAGAACUUUGAGGCGGGCAAUUGGAACACAAUUGUGCGUCAAGACUGGUGCUGA